GGCGGUGCCGGGGUGCAGUGCCAAUGCCUGGAAGCGCGGCCGUGAGGGGCCCGGGCGGGAGGGGUGCCCUAUUGCUACGCGCCUAUUGCUGCGCGCCGCCCUCCGCUCACCCUGCACCCCCCUGCGCCUGCUCUGCUGCGACUUCCACGCCGAGGAGCUCUCCGUCUCCACCGUCGUCUCCCUGCUGGACUCCCUGGAGCCUGCUGCCGUCCGCAGAGUUGUUUUACGCUUCAACAACCUGGGGCUGGCGGGGCUGUGCGCAGUGCUGCCUCACCUCGGCCGCUUCCCCGCGCUGCGCAGCCUCAAGCUGCCCUACAGCAACGUGGACGUGCGCCGCACGGCCCCCGGGCACGGACGCCGGCAUCCGCUGCUUGGCCGCUCACCUCCGGGCCCUGCCUGCCCUCAAGGAACUCGAUUUGUACUCCUCCAGGCUUUCUGGGAGACUCAGGCAGCUCCUGGGCGAGCUGCAGACUCCCCUGGAGAGUCUGGCGCUGGCCUUCUGCUGCCUGCUCCCCUCUGACCUCAUCUUCCUGUCCUCGAGCCUCCACGCGCCCUCCCUGCUCCAACUGGACCUGAGCGGCCACAACCUCACGUCCCCCAGCCUCCUGCAACCCUUGCGGACGCUGCUGGAAGCCGCUUCGUGCUCGCUGCUGCAGCUGGAGCUGCUGGAGUGUCAGCUGGGGGACGCGGAGCUGGAGCUGCUGCUGCCGGCGCUGCGCCGCUGCCGCCGCCUGCGCUGCCUCGGUCUCCUCGGCACCCCCCUGAGCGCGGCGGCGCUGGGCGGCCUGGCCUGGCGCGGCCCUGCCCGACCUGCGCCUCGUGGGCUACUCGCAGCCGCCGCGGGGCUCCGGCCACCACACCCCCACGCAGGGGGAGGAGGGUUUCCCGGCGGAGCUGUGCCGGCUGCUGGCGAGCGCGGGUAGAGCAGUCGCCGUGUGGGCGACCAGCCUCCAGCGCUACGGAGCCAUCGACUACUUCAGCUUGUAGCAUCCCCCCCCCAGGGAAGCUUCACCUCGGGGCGCUGUGCCGGGCUCUGGGCUGUGCCACUCGGUUAUGGUGAGUUCAUUAAAGCCAACCCCACCUUGCCUGAUUAA